ACCAGCGGCAGAAAUCAUAAAGCACACUUUCCUGGAUCACAAGUGAAAGUAUUACAAUAGCAAUACUUCUAAGAUGAAAUUUGCAUUGGCACUACUGGCCUUCGUGGCCAUGUCCAGCGCAUGGACAAUCCCCAAUAUUGGCCAUGGUAAGCUUGCAAAGGAGCUUCAGGAUUUCUUGGACAUUCUACCUCAGCAAGAAAUAGCUUCAAUCAUCGAUCAAUACGCGGCCCAGGAUUCGGAAUUUAAGGCUAUGAUCCAAUACUUUAAGGCCGACGAUGUCAAACAGUUGGUGAAAAAUGUUGAAGAAAUGCCUGAAUUCAUAGAAUUGACGGAAUAUAUGUAUAACGCUGGUAUUGAUGUUCAUAAGUUACAAGAAAUAGUACACAAUUGGCUUGGACUCGCUCAAGCCACUUUUGAUGUUAAUAAACAAAUCACUGGUGGACUCCGCGGAUGCGUUGAUGAUCUCAAAGCUGCCAUACGCCCAUACAAGAAUCAACUUGAUAAUCUCUACAAUCAAAAGAUGCAAAGUUCCGAAGUGUUCAAAAAUUUCAUGACACAACUGAGAUCCCAGAAUUUCAAGACCCUCGUCGAAAAGGUUCAUGCCCAGCCCAAAUUCCAGGAGCUCUUGAAACACGCAGAGACUACUGCAAAGAUUGAUCUUAAUCUUGUCAGAGAAAUACUGAAGACUAUCCUUGGCUUCGAUUUUCCUUCUUAUACUAUUUAUGAAUAUAUUAAUUUAGUAUAUAAAUAUUCGAUUGUUAUUCACAAUUAUCAAUACGUAUCCACACUUGCCACGAUGAAGUUCCUAUUAGGACUGUUUGCCGUUUUGGCCAUUAUUGGCUUGGGACAAGCUCAUCAGUUUCCGGACUUCGGCGAAGGUCCUCUUCAUGAGGAUUUUCAAGAUCUUCUAGAUUUAGUUCCUGUAGAAAAAAUUAUCGAUGUCGUUGUGGAUUAUAUAAUGCACGAUGAUGAGCUAUUAGAACUUUUCCAAGAUCUGCAAGAUAAUCCAAAUAUAAUCGAAGAUCUACUGGUGGAUGUACAAGCCAUUCCCGAAUUGAUCAAACUUUUGAACUAUUUACAAAAGGAAGGCAUUCAUAUUUAUCCCCCAAAGAUUUUGAUAAAUAGAAUCCAUAAUAUCAAGGAACAAGUAUCUAGCUCUUAUGAUUCUCCUGCAAACAAAAGGACCGGUGGACUCGCUGGAUUCUUCAAAGACAUCAACAAACACAUCGAUUACGAAGCCUUCCUCAGCGUAUAUGUGGAUAAACUAAAAACCUCUACAGCUUUCGUUAAGUUCAUCAACCAGCUUAAGUCCGACAAUUUCCAACAGCUCAUUAACAAAAUUUGCAAAAUUAAAUCUGUUGAAUAUAUCCUAAAGCGUCUCGACGCCAGAUUCGUGAAUUUGAAAUUUGCAUCAGAUGUAAUGUAUCUUUUAUUUGGAAUCAAUAUACCAAGCCUUCCAUCUAAAACGUUAAUGGAAGAGUUUCUAGAUUUUGCCUUACUUAUUCCAGUGGAGAAAUAUCUCGAUAUAGUAAUCAAAUAUAUAAAUGAAGACGAAAAAGUACAGAAUGCUCUGUUAUUUAUGUUCACAGACGAAUUUCACAAAAUGCUGCGUUCCUUCGAAGCUCUUAAGGAACAUCAAGCAUUAGUAAUAUAUUUGGAAAAGAUUGGAAUUCCUGUUAUUGAAUAUAUCCAGUAUUGGCAUCAUGCCAUCGGCAUGGAAGGAUAUGUGCCACCUAAAAUAGAUCUUAGACUUUAUAUUAAGACUCAAAAAGUUGGUGAUGGAAUGAUUGAAAUGAUCAAAGAUCUUUAUAACGUAUUACCAUUGGACAAGAUUGAUGAUCUUUAUAAAGAGAAGAUGAAAAUUUCCAGAACUUUUGUUACUUUUAUCACAAAGAUUACGUCUAAAGAAAUGAUAAAAAUUCUCAAUGAUCUAAUUGCUCAUACAACCUACAAGGAAUUCAUCACAAAAAGCAAAGCAAAAGGAUUAUAUCUUGAAGAACUUGGAGCUAUUAGCGUAAGAAUGAUUGGCCUUAAAUCUAAAUACUAAAA